AUGCGGCCCGCCGGCUGCUUCGGCGUUCCGCGUCACUCCUUCAGCCGCGGCCCCGCCCAGCGGCCUCGCAGCAGCAACCCUCGCAGGAGAAAUCCCCACAGGGCUGCCCAGCGCAGGGAGUCGCCCCGCGCCGCGCAGCAGCCCGGCUCCGCCGGCCGGCAGCGUGAGGAUGGCGAGGCGUGCCUCACCAGGGGGAGCUGGGAUCCACCCGGUCUGACGGCAUGCCGCUUUCCAGGUCUCCCUUCUGAAGCAAAUGAGGAUGAAAAUGCUAAACAGCAGUUUAACCCAACCAUUCCACCAUGUGGAAAUAGGGGUGGGAACUCAAAGAUGCCUCCAUUUAAGAGUGGAUGUGCAAUUACAAAGAUGCCAAGAAACUCUUUCCCAGUGAAACCUGAAUUUGAGCUUUCAGACUCUGAUAAUGUAAGUGAACUUGUCAUUGAUCUGCCAUCAGAAGUUCCUAAUAAAAAGCCAAGAAUAAGAAAGAACUGUAGAAAUGCUAACAGGGACAAAGAACUGGCUGCUGUAACAUGUGCAGGAAAAUUACAUGAUGAUAUCAUAGCAGACAUUCUUUGGAAUAGAGAAGAUAAAUCUGAGGAAAUUACUUUGCAGAAAACCAGCAAAAGUUUAAAUAAGCUUGGAAAACUAGGCAAUGUUUCUCCAAAAGCAAGCAAAAUUUGUUUGCCUGAUGUAAACACUGGUAUAUUGAAGAGUCUGGGGGAAAGACAUGCCCUUACUUACAGUGAGGACAAAUAUAUGUCUUCAGCUGCUUCUACUGAGGCAAGCAUGGAGAAGGGAAUUCUGAAGCAAGGAAAUACAAAAACGAAUAUAUUGGUCAAAGUAUUUCAGGAGAGUACUACUAAUGAAGUCUGUGUGAAGAGCAGAAGAGUAAGAGAGUCUCCCUUGUGUACUGGUCACUCAUCAAAAGACGGAACUGCAAUUGGAAGACCUUAUGAGGAAAUUAUAAAUACAGAGAAAGAACAGAGUAUAGAAGAAAGUGGGGGUAAUGAUAGUGAAAAAGAUGCAUACCCUUGUUCAACUUAUUACUUAAAUAAGAAAGAAAUUGGGCUGGGUUCAUCCACCGAGGAAGCAGAAGCCAGUGGGGAGGACACAGGGCUCUCCGAGCCAGAUGAUCCUUUAGAGGAGUGUCGAAGAAUUUUUGACGAGUUUGAAAGAGAAGCACAAAAGAAGGACCAUAAUAAGCAGGCCCACGGAAGAAAUGAAGCUCUCAGUUUGUUAGAAAACAAAGUAAAUGUUCCUGGGCAAAAGAGAAUUGCACACAUGGCAAAAUUUGAUGUUUUUAAUUGGAAAAGGCCUUCUGUUCCUGAAUCAAGAUGCAAAGUACCACAAGAGACAAGACAGCGAUAUUUCACUUGCUUUCUUACAGAAUGUGUCAAAACAUGUAGCACAGUGAAUGAGGCUGUUAACAAGGCCCUAAUGGAAGAACAAUCUAUUUAUGAUCGCUUUGGCAAUAAAAAGAUGUACCUGAAUCUUGCGGUGAAGACUCUCAAAAAGCUAAGAGAUCUUGGGCAAUCUAAUAACAGCCGGUCUUCCAGUGGUACUGGAUCCCUACAGUCAGAGGAAGAAAAAGCACUUACAGGUGGUGCUCUAUAUGAACUCUUAAAAAAGUAUCUUCUGACUAAUGAACAGUUGAACGAAUGUAACUUCCCUCGACAGCAUCCUGGAAAAAAUGGUAGUGCUAUUCUUACUGGUGUAAAAAAUGCUGGAUGUAAUGCUUUCAAAAGGGUCUGCUGUAGGUGUGGUGAAACAUAUGCUGUUACUUCUUCGGGAACACAUAAACGUAAAGAGGAAUGCAACUAUCAUUCUGGUGGAGUAUUGAAACAAAGAGUACCCGGUGGUGUGGAAAAACGUUAUAGCUGUUGUGAGAGAGUAGUUGGGUCUCCUGGAUGUCAGAUUGCAAAGCUUCAUGUUCAUGAUGGGAGAAGGGAGAAAUUGGAAGGCUUCAUGAAGACAUUAAUUAAAUCACCACCUCUUGAUGGAACCCAUGAUGUAUACGCUCUGAACUGCGAGAUGUGUUACACAACCCAUGGCUUGGAACUAACUAGAGUCACAGUGGUUGAUCCUAAACUACAGGUUGUGUAUGAUGUAUUUGUUAAACCAGAUGGUAAAGUUGUGGACUGCGAUAGAAGACUCUCUGGAGUAAAAGAGAAUGAUCUGAAAAAUACCACGACAACUCUUCGGGCUGUACAGGCAGUACUGCUAAACCUGUUCAGUGUGGAUACAAUUUUAAUUGGACACAACUUGGAAAAUGACUUUUUUGUUCUCAAGCUAAUUCAUGACAUGGUAGUGGACACAUCAGUAGUGUUUCCUCAUCCACUAGGCUUGCCUCACAAAAGAACACUUGGAAGUCUGACAGCUGAUUACCUCAAGAGAAUUCAUCAAGAUGAUGGACUAGAAGACCUUUCUGACAGGCCAAACAUCAUUGUUUUGAAGCACUUCAGUACAGUAUUUUUAAGAGGCUAUACCAGAAUACAGCCUGCAUAAGUGAUAAAAUAAGCAAAGACUGAGAACCUGGCUUGGCUAAGGCUAGAUUAUUUCUGUAGUAUAAAAUUUAGAUACUCACCUAAACUAACAAUUUCCCAUAAAAGGACACCGUAUGACCAUCUGCAACAGAGGGAUAUUAUGGAGUGCACCAAGCAUACAACAAGAUUUUAUAUUUUUAAAUGGUAGAUAAUUUUGUAAGUAUACAGAGAACACA